GCCAUUGAAGUCACGUGUGGUACAGUGUUACGCAAACGCAGAAGUUUCUUAUGUUGAUUUUUCAGUUCAUCCAGCUCUCCCAGCUUCCCACCACAGGCUGAGAAAUGAAAAGCAAGCCCACCAAGUCACAGGAAAAUGGAUCAAAAAGUAAAGUGAAGAAAAGAGCUGAAGAACACACGUCGCUGAGUAAAAAACUGCGAGACAAGAUAGAUGGAGAAACAUCUAAAGCGGGACCUUCUUACAGUUCUGGAGGAGUCCAGAGGAAGAAUGGCCCAGGAAGUAUACUGCACUAUAUAUACAGGAGUUCUUUGGGCCAGAGUCUGCACUCUCAGAUGAGACAGUGUCUCCAGGAGCCGUUUGUUCGAUCGCUAUCAUCCUACCAUUUCCACGGCGCCAGCAGUCCAUUUGAUCGCAGAAUCACCUGCGUGGAGUGGCACCCCACUCAUCCCACCACUGUGGCUGCAGCCUCAAAAGGGGGGGACAUUUUUCUGUGGGACUUUGAGAGGUCUGAAACAAAAAGCUUUACUCGAGGGAACGGAGCAGGAGAUUUUAUUGGCGGGAUGAAGUUUUGCCCCACAGACUUCUCCAGAGUUUAUGCAGCUUCUGGCGAGGGGACAUUGACCCUGCAUAGCUUUGAGGGCUACCCUCCCACCCUGCUGUCCAGAACACAAGACUGCGGUCAUGAUCACCACAAUGUUUGCUUUUGGUAUUGUUGUGUUGACGUGUCUGUGAGUCGGCAGAUGCUUGUGACUGGAGACAACAUGGGAGAGCUUCUACUUCUGGGUCUGGAUGGGAAAAAGAUUUUCAGCAGUAAGUUGCACAAAGCCAAAGUGACGCAUGCAGAGUUUAACUCCCGAUGCGACUGGUUACUGGCGACGGCCUCGGUUGAUCACACGGUGAAGCUCUGGGACCUGAGGAACAUCAAGGACAAGAAGAGCUUCCUCUACGAAAUGCCUCACGAGAGAGCCGUCAACUCAGCCUAUUUCAACCCUUUGGACGCCUCAAAGCUGCUCACAACAGAUCAGCAUGAUCAGAUCCGCGUGUACUCCUCCUCUGAUUGGUCAAAGCCUCAGCACAUCAUUCAGCACCCACACAGGCAGUUUCAGCACCUCACACCCAUCAAGGCCACUUGGCAUCCCCUGUAUGACCUGAUUGUGGCGGGCCGAUACCCCGAUGACCGCAUCUGCACUGGAGAUCAGAGGUCCAUUGAUGUCUUUGACUCCAACAGUGGGAAGUUGGUGUUUCAGAUGUAUGAUUCCACUGCCUCAGGGAUCAAAUCGAUCAACAAGUUCAGUCCAAUGGGUGAUGUCAUCGCAUCUGGAAUGGGUGUAACACUACUCAUCUGGGACCAUGACGAGUCGCUGGUCAGCGGCCGACACAAACCGAUUGAGGAAACGUCGGCUUCAGCAGACGGGGUCAGAGAUCAGCGGACGGGUCAGCAACGCUCUGGCAGAGACCGGAGGGGUCCGACCCGGGAUGCGAAGCUGAAGAAAAAGCUAGCUUCUCUGGAAGAAACCGAGACCAAAACCAAAACCGGGUGCACCAAACAAAAACAAACUCAGAAGAGGAAACUGUAGAGCUGAAAAAUUAAAGUUUAUUUUUGUAAGUUUAUCUUAGUGUUUUGUGUUUCUAACAUCAGGAAUUGUUUGCAUGUUGACAAACAAUAUGAACCAUAUAAGAUGGUUUGUAUUUUAUAUAAACCAUUUGUAUUUGCAGGGCUGUGUACAUUUUUCCUGCACUUUUUCUGCUGUAUAAUAAUAAAUAUCUUCAUUUGUA